UUUUUUGUGAAAUGGUAUUGCUUUCAGUGAAGGGUAGAUCUUUGUUUUGGCUUUUUGGAGCUAAAUUUAGAUUUGGUUUUCACUGUUGAUUUGCUAAAAGUGUGGCAUAUGAUUGACUCUUGAUGAAUUUCUUUUCUUUUUCUACUUUUUAUCUUUGUAUAUCUCUGUAAGUGUGAAUUUAAAAGAUCUGGUUUUUGGAUAAUUGUCAUUGCUCAUUAAUGGAAUGGAUUUCUCUGCCUGUUCAGCUUUGCAAAGAAUAUCCAUUUUAACUGAGGGAUGUCAGUUUCCUUAUUGACUGAGCAGUUUUGCAUUUCAUUAUGAUGAAGAAGAAAGGAAAGGUAUCUGGUGCUCGGCUUAUAUAAUCCCAAGAUCAUGUUGGAGGGCCCAUCAUAUCUUGUCUCAAGGGAUUUGCCAAGCUCCUGCGAGCACGAGAGCAAGUGGAUUUAUAAUACUUUUUGUGUCAUUGAGCUCUCAAGAAGCAAGCACCGGAUGGAAGAUGGAGAAGACCAGAUGGCAAGAAAGGUUCUCAAGCCACUUGAAGGUGACGAGGAUGAGGGAAUAGAGCAGGAUAUGUACCUCGCCCAAACUGACGAACCAGGUACCCAGCGCCAUGCUGGGGAUCAUUCAGAAUCAAGUUUGCUGAUCCACCAGCUUGGGCGAGACAUUUCGAUUAACUGUCUCCUACGCUGCUCAAGGUCUGAUUAUGGUGCGAUUGCGUCUUUGAAUAAGGGUUUCUGCUCUCUUAUACGGAGUGGUGAGCUGUACAGGUUGAGGCGGGAAAUGGAAAUUGUUGAACAUUGGGUUUACUUCUCUUGCAACCUUCUGGAGUGGGAGGCUUUUGAUCCAAUUUGUCACCGAUGGAUGCAUUUGCCUAGAAUGACCUCCAAUGAAUGUUUCAUGUGUUCGGAUAAGGAGUCGUUGGCAGUUGGGACUGAACUUCUUGUUUUUGGAAAGGAAAUAACGUCCCAUGUUAUUUAUAGAUAUAGCAUUUUGACGAACACGUGGUCAUCUGGGAUGAAGAUGAAUACACCCAGGUGCUUGUUUGGAUCUGCCAGUCUGGGUGAAAUUGCAAUUCUAGCUGGUGGUUCUGAUCCAUGUGGAAAUAUUUUGAGCUCAGCAGAGCUUUAUAAUUCAGAAACUGGUAAGUGGGAGACCAUUCCAAGCAUGAAUAAAGCAAGAAAAAUGUGUUCUGGUGUAUUUAUGGAUGGGAAUUUUUAUGUUAUUGGUGGAAUUGGGGUUGGCAAUUCAAAGACACUGACAUGUGGGGAGGUGUAUGAUUUGAAGACAAAGACGUGGCGUGAGAUACCUAACAUGUUCCCUGCGCGAAAUGGGGGGGCUGGAGCAACUGAAGCACCUUCUGCGGCUGAGGCACCUCCUUUAGUGGCAGUUGUGAAUAAUGAGCUGUAUGCGGCUGAUUAUGCACUAAAAGAAGUGAGGAAAUAUGACAAAGAGAAGAACUUGUGGGUUACUCUAGGGCAAUUACCUGAGCGAGCAGCCUCAAUGAAUGGCUGGGGGGUAGCAUUUAGGGCGUGUGGGGAUCGGCUAAUUGUUAUUGGCGGACCUAGGGCUUUAGGUGAAGGGAUGAUUGAGCUUAACUCAUGGGUUCCAAAUGAGGGCUCGCCACAAUGGAACUUGCUUGCAAGCAAGCCUUCUGGCAGUUUUGUGUAUAACUGUGCUGUGAUGGGAUGCUGAAAUGUGCAUCCAGUUUUGGUGGUACCAUGUCUGCUGUAUGAAGUCCUUUUUUACUGGAACUUACAGCUGUGGCCUCAAGGAGAAAGGGUUCUGGAGAGUGGGUAAUCUCUGCCUUCCUUUUGGGGGAAAUUUCAUGUUUUAAAUUAGAUGGUAGAUACUGUUAUAGGAGGAGGUCUGGAGAUUUCUCGGCCUUUUUAGUUUGAUCAUGUUUUAUUGCUUUGGGUCUUUUUUCCUUGCCAUUUUUUGUUUUUUCCUGCUGUUGGGUCAGGGAGUUGUUCUUUUAUUUGGUUACAAUCAGUGUUUGUCAGAGGUUGGUGUCAUGUAGAACAUGCACAGUUCAAUAAUGUCAAGUCCAGUACAUUUUAGGUUGUUUUCAAUAUUCAAAAAGCUUCUUUGAGCGUAAUGUUAA